GAGGUGACAGAGGCAGUGGAUUUCUGAGCCUUCUGCCUUCUGGGCAGUUUGCUUGGAACAGGGUUUGGAGCUUUGUUGGUCAGUCAUGGCAUCCUCCUAGAGCUGCAGUCAUUAUUCUCACUUAGCCCUAAUAUGUGGGAAUGGAUUUAAUCUCCAAUUCCUCACCUCCUCGUGUCACAACAUUGUGUGAUUCAGGGAGGAGGCAACACAUCAUUGCCUGAAUUCAGCACUUGGGCCUUAACGUGUGACAUUAAUGGUUUCUUGGCUGAAGUUUUGGGUUGAUUUCUGUUGGCAAGAGCACACGCACUGCUCAUUUUUGAUAGGAUGAAUCUGGGUGCAGAAGUUUGCAGUUCUUCCAAAAGUUUGAAUAGUGUGAAAACAACAGCAGAAAACAACGCUUGCGGUUCAGGAAGCUUAGUGACCGGAGGAUGCUCUGCUUAAAUAGUUUAGGCUCCUUAUCCCAUCAGCAUGUCUGAUGACACAGACUAACCACUUAAGCUGUCGUCAUCUUAAAACUGUCAAAGGCAGAUGCUUGUCUGACGCUGCAGGAAUUUAAAGAACUGAGCAGCAGAGAAGCCAGCAGAGAAGCAGCUCCGUCCUCCCUGUGCCGCGAGAAGAGCUCCAUGAUUCCAUCUGAUGCAAAAAAUCAGGCAGGGGCCAUGAGUUACCUGGACGAGGUUCCCUUCCGGAUGGCCAGGAGCCUCGACGGGGACUCGGGAGGAGAAAAUGCUUUAAUCACCGCCCCGGCCAUCGAGCUCCCCGACUGCACCGACAUCCUCAUGAGCACCAUGCACGACUUCUCGCUGGAAAGAAAAGUGCUUUACUGGGUGGAGGUGGCCUCUCAGCAGCAAACCUCCCGGCACCGUGUCACCUCUGAAGUUGUCCCCACGGCUCCUCCGUGCUGGUUGCUGCUGGUGGACCCCGCUGACAGCUAUGGGGGGAGAGCCCGGGACGGUGCGGUGCGGCGCUGCAUCAGCCUGAGCGCUGCCGACGGGCACAGCAAGGGCAGAGGAGCCUUGUCCGACACCGAGAGCGAGACCUGGCACUCAGAGGAGGAGGAGUACUCAGAGGAUGACGAGUACUCCUCAACCUCCUGGGAAGAGAACAACAAGGAUGAAAAGGUUUCCAGGAGGAGAAUUGUCCCUCCGCGUCCUGGCUUUUACCAGACCAGACCAAAGACAUCUCCAGGUUUGCUGGAACCCCCACCGGAGAACAACCAACACAGCCCAGCCAACGUGGAGCAGGGCAAGCAGAGAAGAUCCAUGGUGAUAUUUAACAACAUGAAGAACGAGUUGGAAGCGGCCAGGAGGAAACUGGCUGCUUUGGUGCAUCCUUUGAACCGAGCCGUGGGGGAGAGCAGAGGGGUCCCCGUGCCACGGCCGCUCCCCCAGCGCCCCCGCACCAGCUGCAGUGUACCCUCCGAGCCACCCCUGGAUGCUUCCCACCUGGAGACCUUGGUGACAACUCCUCCAUCCGUGGCCACGUCCAUCCCCCCGAUCAAACAGCAUAAACCCACGGUGCCGUCCCUCAGCCCCUAUGCCUGCCUGCCCCCUGCCUCCACGCCGGCCUCCACGCCUGCGCGACCCCUCAGCUCCCACAGAUCCCAGCCGGAUUCGGCGGCCGACCUGCUCUCGGCGCUGAGCCAGGAGGAGAGAGACCUCAUCGAGCCCGUCAUAGCCAUGGGCUACCCCACCCGCAAAGCCAUCCUCACCCUCCAGAAGACUGGAAAGCAAAGCUUAAGUCAGUUCCUGAGCUACCUGGGUGCCUGCGACCGGCUGCUGAAGCAGGGCUACGAGGAAGGGCAGGUGGAGGAGGCCAUGGAAAUGUUCCAGUACUCGGAGAAAAAGGCAGCUGAAUUCUUGCAUUUGUUAGCUCAGUUUAACGAUAUGGGGUUCCAGCAAAAUGAAAUCAAAGAAGUUCUUUUGCUUUGUGGGAAUCAGAGGGAGAAGGCGCUGGAGGAACUCGUGAUGAAAGCCCACUGAGAAGCAUCCCGGACCCCAGUCACACCUUCUUCUCUCCAGACUGGACCACUGAAGGACUUGGGGGGAUGAACUCACACUUACCCAUCUUCUGCUCCAUC